GUUCUAGAAAAUUCUACAUCUAGAAGUUUCUAAGCAGAAUAAUAUUUCAAGAUCGCAGUAAUUAUCAUCAGUUUUGUACAAGUGUGAGCACUGAGCACAUAAUUGGAUUUUGUAAACCAAUUUUAUCAUGGGUAAAGAUUAUUACAAAGUACUCGGAGUGGCGAAGGGUGCUAGUGAUGAUGAAUUGAAGAAGGCGUAUCGGAAACUCGCCUUGAAGUUCCACCCAGACAAGAAUCAUGCUCCAGGGGCGGAGGAAAAGUUUAAAGAGAUUGGCGAAGCGUACGAUGUACUUUCUGACCCUCGUAAGAAGCAAAUUUAUGACCAGUGUGGAGAAGAAGGACUAAAGAACGGAGGGGUUGGCCCUCAAUCCUCUAGUGGAAUGGGCGGAGGGAUGGGAGGAAUGCCGAAUUUUGGCGGAACCAGUUAUUCAUACCAUGGAGAUCCCAAAGCUACAUUCGCACAAUUUUUCGGAACUUCAGAUCCAUUUGCUUCGUUUGGCGGAGGCUUUGGCAGACAAGGCGGAGGGGGGCCGGAGGAUAUGGAUAUUGAUUUUGAUAGUCUGUUUGGAGGCAUGGGUGGAAUGGGAGGAGGAAUGAGGGGAGGGCCCCAGCCAAGACGGAAACAGCAACGAGUUCAAGAUGCAACUAUAGAAAAAGAAGUUUUUGUCACAUUAGAAGAAAUUCUGACCGGUUGUGAGAAGAAGAUGAAAAUUUCUCGGAAGAUCUAUGGAGAAGACGGAACCAUCCGGUCGGAGGAUAAAGUGCUUAAGAUCUCCGUUAAACCCGGCUGGAAAUCCGGAACCAAAAUUACAUUUUCUAAAGAGGGAGAUCAGGUUCCGGGGAAAAUCCCUGCUGAUAUUGCAUUUAUUAUUCGUGACAAACCUCACAGUUUGUUUACCAGGGACGGAGCUAAUCUACAGUUUGUUUACAAAGUGCCACUCCGUGAAGCUCUCUGUGGUUCUGUGAUUCAAGUCCCUACUUUAGAAGGACGUAAAGUUGGAGUAAACUGUACUGGAGAAAUAUUGAAACCAGGAUGUACUAAACGUCUAGCUGGAUAUGGGCUACCGCUGCCAAAGGAACCGUCUAAGCGCGGAGAUCUGAUCGUCAAGUUCGAAGUUUUGUUUCCUGACUCUCUAACCCAGAACUCGAAAGAUAUUUUGUACGAUGUUCUCUCCUAGUUCUCAAUCCUGCUGUCUCUCAAUUGUCAUAAUCUUAAUCCAACACUCAGAGAAGAAACCUCAUUCCAUUUUGUAUUUAUCUCGUAAAUAUAUCAUUUUUAUUAAAAA